AUGGGCCAGCCCGAGUGGGACUACAAGAGAGUGCUGGGCAGAUCUCAGUCGUCUGGCACCAGUGUGGUAGUGGACAUCGCGGUGAUGGGGGAGGCGCAUGGCUUGAUUUCAGACCUCCUGGCAGACCCCUCUCUGCCCCCAAACACCUUUUCCUCCCUGAAGGCCGUCAGUAACCUCCUGAGCACACAGAUCAACCUGCAGCCCCUGCACCGGCCACGCCUCCCCACCGACCAAUCACACGCCUGCUCGGACUCAGAGGACGCUCCAGAGAAGCUCGACAGACUCGCCAUUCCAAAACGUCUCAGAAGAAGCCUUCCUCCAGGUUUACUUCGCAGAAUCUCGUCCACUUGGACCACUACCACGUCUGCCACAGGACUGCCCACCAUUGAGCCCGGCCCGGUCAGGAGAGAGCGCUCAGCCAGCAUCAAACACACCUCUGACAGUGACUCGUGGAGCAACUCAGUCAUGAUGACCAUUUCCAAGAGUCGCUCCAUGUCGGCCUCCUGUGCCCCGUCCUUCACCAACCACCUGUACAGCAAACCAGUGGGAAAACCAGCGUUCCUCUCCUCUUCCAACACCUCCCCUCUGGGCACUCCCUGUCCCUCCCCUCCAACCCAGGGGACUCCGCUGACCAGUCCCACCAUCAAUUCAUGUUCAGUAAAGCUUCCAGAACCUGAAGGGCCCCCCACAGAGCACCUCCCUACGGCCCCCAGGAGCCAUCACCGAGCCUUAACCCACAGCCAGAGCGCGCCCAGCUCCACCACCCCCCACUGGAGACCCCCGCCCCUCUGCACCAGGUUACACUUUGUACAUUAUCAAAAUUGUGGCAGACCGUAUAACAGAAUUACCAAUGGAGUGGAGCCGACUGAUAAACUAGACAGCAUACCUAACCCAGACGAGCGGAUAGUAGCAUCUUCAGACUAUGAUAGCACCUAUGACAGCACCUAUGAGACCAACCACAGUGACAGCAGCGAUUUUGCACCCAAUGAAGAGGAUGGAGAGCCCAAGAAGCAGCGCGAAGGAAAAGACAGUUGCAGGCAGUGUCCACCAGAGGGCAUUGUAUUGCAUCCACUACUGCCAUCCCCAGAGGACAAAGAUGUCUCAGUCCAGGAGAGUCCACUGAGGCCAGAACUAGAGCCUUUGAUGAGUCAGCUCAACAAUUGGAAUUUUCCCAUUUUCCGUCUAGUUGAAAAGACGAACGGAAAAACUGGCUGCAUUCUGAGUCAGGUUUCAUAUAAGCUCUUUGAAGAUACAGGUCUAUUUGAAAUGUUUAAGAUUCCAGUUCAAGAGUUCAUGAACUAUUUCCACGCUCUAGAAAAUGGUUACAGAGAUAUCCCCUAUCACAACAGGAUUCACGCCACAGACGUGCUGCAUGCAGUGUGGUACCUGACCACGCAGUGUGUGCCUGGUCUGCCCUCUCCAUUCUCAGAUAAUGGCAUUCACUCAGCAGACUCAGAGAAUGGCAUGUGCCGUGGUGCAACAGGUUUUCUGAAGUUGAACUUGGAGCUUGAUGAAGGUUACGGCUCCAUAGCUCGUCUGGUCCCAGGCCUGGAGCUCAUGGCUCUUUAUGUGGCAGCCGCAAUGCACGACUAUGACCAUCCAGGAAGAACUAACGCCUUUCUAGUGGCCACCAGUGCACCACAGGCACUUUUAUACAAUGAUCGCUCUGUAUUGGAAAACCACCACGCAGCUGCCGCCUGGAACCUCUUCAUGUCUCAACCGGAGUAUAACUUUCUUGCCAACCUUGAGCAUGUGGAGUUCAAACGCUUCCGCUUCCUCGUUAUUGAAGCCAUUUUGGCCACUGACCUCAAAAAGCACUUUGAUUUCCUUGCUGAAUUUAACGCAAAGGUGGGAGAUGAAGGCAUAUCCAGUAUUGAUUGGAGCAAUGAGAAUGACCGAAUGCUGGUUUGCCAGAUGUGCAUAAAGAUCGCGGAUGUCAACGGGCCCCUGAAGAAUAAGGAACUGCAUUUGCAAUGGACAGAAGGCAUUGUGAAUGAAUUCUACGAACAAGGCGAUGAAGAAUCCACCUUGGGCCUCCCUAUCAGCCCGUUCAUGGACCGCUCGGCCCCACAGCUGGCUAAACUGCAGGAGUCCUUCAUUACUCACAUUGUGGGCCCUCUGUGCUCCUCCUACAACUCUGCAGCACUCAUGCCUGGCCACUGGGUCCAGGAGGAGGAGGAAGAGGAGGAGGAGGAUGAAGAGGAGGAGGCUCAGGAGGCCAGUGAACACAGAGACACAGAGGAGGAGGCAGCUGAAGAUCACAUGUCCCCAAUCCGUGCAACCACCCAAUCCAAAGCGAGAAAGCAACGGAAAGUGUUUUGCCAGAUCACGCAGCACCUGUUGGAAAACCAUGAGAUGUGGAAGCGCGUCAUUGCUGCAGAAUCACCGGAGCAAGUCCAGGCCGCAACCGACACCAUCACAGCCAUCCGCGAGGAAGAGGAGGAGCAGGCCAAGGAGGAGGAAGAGGAGACAAACUGCCUUGAACAGGAAGUCGAAAUCCUGCACCAAUCAGAGACAUCAGGGGACAAGCAAGAAGAGCCAGAGUGA